CGUCAGUUCCGGUGAAGGUGAUCUGUUUGUUGGUGUUGUUCCCGGAUGUGGAGCGGUUUUUGUUACUGAGUUGAUAGCGAUCUUAUUUCAGAAUUUACUCUCAGAUAAUCUUCUCCCAUCCCUAGGAUGGUGACGAUGCACAGGAUCACUCUGAAAGAGGAGUAAGGGAAGACUGCUUGGUUCAGGAAGAUGGCUGAAGACCCACAGAGAAACUUCCGUUCCCACUAUUAUGAAAAAGUUGGGUUUCGUGGUGUUGAAGAAAAGAAAUCCCUUGAGAUUCUGCUAAAGGAUGAUCCAUUAGAUGUUGAGAAGCUCUGCACUUUUGCUCAACGUUAUCCUCUUCCCUCCAUGUAUCGUGUCCUUGUAUGGAAAGUACUGCUUGGUAUUCUUCCUCCUCACUAUGAAUCUCACUCUGCUGUAUUGACGUUUCGGAAAGAACAGUAUCAGGAUUUGUUGCAAGCAUUGCAAGUUAUUCGGUUUGUUCAAGAUUCCACCCCACAAGUUUGGGUUUACCUCAGAAUGUACCAACUAGAGUCUGGAACACUGCCACGUCGUCCAUCUCAGUCACUGGAACCAGAAGAUGUAGUUUUUAUUGCGAUAGCAGAAGCAAUGGAAGAGAUGGUGGAAAAUGACGUUGAUGCCUACUGGCUAGUCAAAUAUUUUGUAAACCAGUUCAAUAAUAAAUACAGCGAUUCAGUAGCUCACUUGCAGCCAAAGAGCCUUGAACAUUACCUGAAUCUGGAAGACAGCAAACUUCUCACCCAUCUUAAGACCUGCUUGGCUAUGAAUAAACUCCCAUAUGACUUGUGGUUCAUGCAUUGUUUUGCAGGUUGUUUGCCUGAAUCCAGCCUUCAAAGGGUUUGGGACAAAAUCAUAAGUGGAUCUUGCAAAAUUUUGGUUUUUGUAGCCAUGGAAAUUUUAUUAACUUUUAAAAGUAAGCUAAUGACCAUGAAUAAAGCAGAAAAUAUUGCACAGUUCUUGCAGAAUAUUCCACAGGAGAAUACAGAUGCCAUCAUCAGCAAGGCCAUUGACCUAUGGCACAAGUAUGUUGGAACUCCUGUGCACUCUGUGUAAUUAAAACUGAAUGAAAUUAAUGUAAUAAUAAAUCUUCUAUUUAAUAAUUUAUUAAAAUAAUUUUGCACAAAA